CUGCAUUUUGGGGCUCGAGCGGCCUCGGCUCUCUAGCGGGUGGUGGGGAAGGUUGAGAUGCUCUUUCGACCUAGGACAGUCAAUCCUCCUCUUGGCACCAGUAGUCCUAAAAUCCAGGCAAACAUAUGCGCUCCCGGAUGCUUUUUUUGUGUUUAGUGCCGCCUGGCGGCGAGGCCUGGUCUGGACCUCGGGGCGGGAGAAGUCUGGUUGGGAAGGCCAGCUCGGGAAGAAAGGGCAGUGAUGGACAGAUCUUCCAGCUUAACGAGGCCUGGGGGCUUGAUGUAGGGUCGUUAGAGAAGGGUCUUCUCUUCCUCCGUCCUAGCGACGACCUUCACCUAGGGAGUUGCAGCAUUGGGAAGAACCGUGCUGGGUCAGGCUUAGGAAAAGGCUAAGUCUCGGGCUUACCCUUCACGCCUGAGAGUCUGUGCCAGGGUGUGCAUGUUCUGCCCCUAGGCUGGGAGUCUCUGCCAGGCUUAAGCCUCCACUGAAAGAAAGCGCAGAGUCAGCCUGGGCUCCUGCGGACGCGCGAUGUGCGCCUCAGCAUUUUCCGUUGUCACCCCGGGCGGGCUGGGACCAGAUCGGUGGCUCCGCUGCCUAUGCAGACCAGGGCUGACCAAAGCCUGCCAGCUGACUCAGCUGGCCCACCGCGCCCGGAUCCCACAGGGAGAGGCAGCCAGACGCGGGUAUAAAGCGGUGCGCACCAGACUCGCGCGCAGCCUGUCCAUUCUCCGGGCGUGCGUUGCUCCCCCAUCCCCGGCAUGAGCAGCGCCCCCGCGCCGGGCCCGGCGCCCGCCUGCCUCACACUCUGGGAUGAGGAGGACUUCCAGGGUCGUCGCUGCCGACUGCUGAGCGACUGUGCGAACGUCUGCGAGCGAGGAGCCCUGCGCAGGGUGCGCUCGGUCAAGGUGGAAAACGGCGCAUGGGUGGCCUUCGAGUACCCCGAUUUCCAGGGACAGCAGUUCAUUCUAGAGAAGGGAGACUAUCCCUGUUGGAGUGCCUGGAGCGGCAGUAGCAGCCACCACAGCAACCAAUUGCUGUCCUUCAGGCCAGUGCUCUGUGCGAACCACGGCGACAGCCGUGUGACACUGUUUGAGGGGGAAAACUUCCAAGGCUGCAAGUUUGAACUCAGUGAUGACUACCCAUCGCUGCCUUCCAUGGGCUGGACCAGCAAAGACGUGGGUUCCCUCAAAGUCAGCUCUGGAGCGUGGGUGGCCUACCAGUACCCUGGCUACCGAGGCUACCAGUACAUUUUAGAGCGGGACCGGCACAGUGGGGAGUUCCGUACCUACAGUGACUUUGGCACACAGGCUCAUACUGGACAGCUGCAGUCCAUUCGAAGAGUCCAGCACUAGGCUUCGCAUUCCCAGUCAUCAUCACCCCUAAGAUUCUCAAUAAAAGCUCUUGACUCUA